AUGGACAGGUGGACACGGUUGGUUGUGCUCUCUCGGUCAUGCCUAAAGUUGACGCAUAUAGAGACAACCUCAACUGUCGGCAUGCUUGAGAGUCGGCUGUCUGCAAACUUUGCUGACAUUACGCCUGACCCGGGCGCAUGUUCUGCCAUCGACCAAUACAACUUUGCCCCUGAAGCCUGGAAUUGUGGAGUGCACUCGUACGCAAAUGGUGCGAAGCCGCAUCAUGUGCACUUGAUGCCACUGUCCCAAAAUAGGCUGGUUCAGAUUUCCGGGUCUGUGCUUCUCGCCGAUUCGGCCGACAGGGUGUACAAAACUUGCUCCUCGAUGACGCGAUCAUCUGGCACAAAUCGAGUUCUCCUUCACCCAUUCGACACAGACCGAGGCGAGGCGGACAACGGAAUGUUUACGGAGUCGUCCUCCCCUCGUAUGACGGCAUGGUACCGGCCGAUUGGCCACACACACACACCAAAGUGA